UGAUUUUAAAUUUAUCAUUCGAUUCAGACGAGGCAUUGAGUGAUACAUAUCAUUUUCUAAAAUGAAGAUUUCAUUAUUUUCAAUUUUUGGAUGUAUCAUAUUACAAUCCUAUGGAAAUGUUGGUGGUAAUAAAAUACCUUCUCCAUUACUGGACAAUCAAAAUGCUCCAUUAGUGGCCAUGGUUGACAUGUCAAAUGCAGAUGAACACGUCAAGCAGUAUGUCAACGAUGCUAUCAAAACUAAAAUGUCACAGUUAGUGACAACAAAACUAGGAGAUGUUCUGGAAUCACUUAAACUUGUAGAGAAACUUGAACGUUACAUUGACCAAGUCAAACAGAAUUUAACGUUAGACGUCACGGAUGAUAUAAAGAGAAUAGUGGAUGACACUAUUGCAGCUAAAGCACCUAAAACAAUACCAGCUUUUACUGCAAUUCUAACAAAAACAUUCAAACCUGGACCACAUGACAUUAUAAAGUUUGAUUCCGUGAAAACUAACAUAGGAGGCAGUUACUCAGCGGCCACUGGGGUAUUUACCGUGCCACAGUCCGGACUCUACAUGAUAUCGGCCACAGUAAGAUCCUGGGGAGGACAGCACAUACACUGCCAGUUAGCUGUCAAUGAUCAAUUCUACGCCCCAAUAUUUGGUACAAACUGGUCUGAAGGUGCUAUCAGUAUUGCCAUCCAACUGACAAAAGGGGACAAAGUUUGUGUCAGGAAUGAUAAUAGCAAUGGAUCGGAAACAGUAACUGGAGACACUUGGUCUAUGUUUUCAGGAUUUCUCAUUCAGUAAAAUUUGUAAGGGUUCCACGGUUCCCAGUGUCUUGCCUACUUGAUGAAUCUAAUAAAUAUUUUAAGAACUUUAA